AUGCUCCCCUACUUCGGUGUUACGCCCACCGCCAACGCACUCGCCAACCGGCCGCCGGAGCCGCUGCAGUUCCCCCAAGAGCACAUCGAGAACGAGUUCGACGCUGUGAACCCCGAGUGGCGCCAAUGGAGUUGCCGGGACGUCCGCCUCAAGAUCCGCAGCUUCCUGGGCUCGAGCCAGAUGACGCAAGCGGCGUUCCUCAAGGUUAUCGACGUGGAUGCAAGUUUGUAUCGGAGGUUCAUGGCUCUGAAGGGACCGGACGAGGGGGAUAGCAAUCCUACGUACAAAGGUGCAGCCAUCUUCUUCUCCAGACGAGAACAACAGGAGAAGAAAGAGGAGGCAAUGAAAAGAACGCAACACACUUCACGUUCAGACGAGAGGGAAGAGUCAGUGACGCGAAAGAAAAGGGCGGUGAAUGCGAAGAAGAGGAAGGCCCCAACCAGAGAGGAGAAAGAAGAGAAGACGAAGAAGACGAGGGACGGCAAGGAGCUGCUCAGGAGAAUUGAAGCGGUUAAGCUGCCGAACCUGAACGAGAAUGGCUGCGUGCCUGUGUACGAUGACUGCGACGAGGUCCGCCGCAAGAUAAAUGUCUUUUUGGGCGAGGGGCUGGUGACCAAAGCAACUUUUCUACGCGCAUUGGGCAAUGUGAACUCCAACAGUUUGCGGAGAUUCAUGAGUCUGAGAGGAGCAGGGGCCGGUGCAGCGAAUGAGGCGUACCGCAAAGCCUUCGCUUUCUUCGAGAAGAAGCGUAUUUUGGAUGGCGAGGAGAAAACGGCAGAGCGCCUGAAAAACGAGUACAUGCAAGGCCCUGAAGGUUUCCCGCGCUUCGGCGUCAGCGAGUACUGCAUCGAUAGGUAUAUUGAAAGUCGCAAGAAAGAACUGGAGAAAGAGGGCAGCGGGAAGUCAAGUCCAUGCAGCGCGUCGUAG